AUGACAUUAGAAAUAUGUCGAAUAGUGUUGUGUAUUCAAAUUGUUGCAGUGGCAGUAGAAUUGCCGAGGAAAUAUAUGAAGAAGCAUUGGUUAUCGGUUGCGAUAUUUUUAUUGCCAGUGAUGACUUGCGGAUGGCUUGUUGUUGGAUUAUUUAUUUGGGUAUUAAUACCGCAUUUUAACUUUAGUUCUGCAUUAUUGGUUAGCGCCUGUGUGACUGCUACCGAUCCAGUGUUGGCAGCAGCCGUUGUUGGUAAGGGUAAAUUUGCCGAAAGAGUUCCUGGUCAUUUAAGAAAUGUUUUAUCGGCAGAAUCUGGCUGUAAUGACGGUAUGGCAUUUCCAUUCAUUUUUUUAUCAUUGAAUAUCAUUCUUCAUCCCGGAAAUGCUGGUGAAAUUGUCAAGGAUUGGUUUUUGCUUACCAUUUUAUGGGAGUGUUUCUUCGGGGUAGCAUUGGGUGUCAUCUUAGGACUAGCUAUGCGAUAUGCUGUGGCAUUGGCAGAAAAAAGAAGUUUAAUUGAUAGAGAAUCUUUUUUGGCGAUCUUUGUCUUCUUAGCAUUUAAUUCAGCUGGUAUUGGUUCGAUGCUAGGUGUUGAUGAUUUAUUGGUUUCAUUUGCUGCUGGUACUGCGUUUGGCUGGAACGGAGACUUUGCGAAAAAAACUGAAGAAUCUCAUGUUUCGACUGUGAUUGAUUUACUAUUGAAUUUAUCAUUCUUCGUUUAUUUUGGUGCUAUUGUUCCUUGGCCAGAUUUCAAUAAUGCUGAGAUUGGUUUGAAUGUUUGGAGAUUAAUCAUUUUAGCAUUAGUGAUCAUUUUCUUGAGACGUAUGCCAGCUGUUCUUCUUUUAAAGCCAUUUACUCCUGAUGUUAAAAGUUGGAGAGAAGCGUUAUUUUGUGGUCAUUUUGGACCAAUUGGGGUAGGUGCUAUUUUUGCAGCAAUCUUAGCUCGUAAGGAUUUAGAAGCUCAUUUCACAAGUGAGGAAACUCCUUUAGCGCAUUUACGGGAUAAGAGCUUUCCACAUUACCAAUUACUUGUAUGUAUUUGGCCAAUUGUUUGCUUUAUUGUUAUUACUUCAAUUGUAGUGCAUGGAUCAUCUGUGGCCGUUUUAACUUUAGGAAAACGACUUAAUAGAAUGGCAAUCACCAUGUCUUUUACGACUACUAAUACCCAAGAUCAAGGGCCAUCUUGGAUGUCCCGUUUACAGAAAUUGGACAAAGCAUCCACUUCGUUUUCUUUGCAUAGAAUAGAUACCCAAGCACCAUCUACUGAAAAAGAUGAUAAAUUACCACAAUCUAACACUAUAGAAACUAGUGGUAUUAAGGUCAGACCAGCCGGUGGUGCAAAAAGAAGAAAACAUAAAAAGAAGAGAGACACUAGAUCAAGACUAAAGAAAUCGCUUUCAAGGGCUUCUACUAACGAUAGUGAAGCUAACGAGAACUUAACUCCACAAAGACAUAGGCCUCAAGCAGAAUUCUUGCAAUUAGGUAGAACCCCCUCAACAGCCGUCAGAACACCAUCUGAUGAAGAGUCGGAACCUGAGUCAGCUGUUGGUGUUGAUAAUUCUAAGGAUGAUUUUGAUGACAGCCCAGGCUCUUCAAAUUCUAUAGAGGUAGUUGCAAAUGAAGAUCAAGGUAGGAUGGUUUUUGCUAUUCCUCCCUAUGGCACAAAAGAGAAUUCUGAGGAAGACGCAGGUCAAAAUGAUGGUAAGGUCGCAUUUGCGAGAGACGCAAAGGAAGGUCGUAAAAGCAUACCGUCAACUGUAUUUCAAGAAGGUGAAAAAAUUAUUAUUGAAGAUCAGACGGGUGAGGUUAUUGAAACUUUACCUAUUAGAUCUUUGCCAAGCCAACCUGAAGAUGAUAUGAGUAUCCAUUCUAUGGGUUCCUUACGUCGUCAUUUAUCACAAUAUUCUGAAGCUGAAAGUGAAAGGGCUUCUACUGAAACUUCAUUGAAUACAAACGAAAAACCAAACUCACCUCUUGGAAAAUUGUCAAGAUCUUCAACCCUCAGUCUCAAACGUAAAGGAAAGAAAAAGGGCUUUUAUAAGAAAAAUGACCCAAAGCAUCGUAAAGUAUUUGCUCAUCAAGUUGAUGAUUUCAUCGUCAUUGAGAAUGCUGAUGGUGAUAUUAUCAGAAGGUAUAAGGUGAAUCGUCAUUCCACGAGAAGAAGCAGAUCUAACACUAGUAAUUCGAUGGUUGGUAAAGCAUUAAAUUUCGUUGGAAUAAAGAAAAGCACCCCAAAAAAUGAUGUGAACGCAAAUGAUUUAGAGAAGAACGAUAUUGCUAAUGUUUUAAUCCCUGAACAUGAUGAUACGGAUAAUCCAAAUCAUCCAUUAAAAGACCCUAAGUUUGAAAAUGCAAUUGAAUCCAAAUUAACCAAAAUUUUGUUGAAUGAAAGAAAUCAAAGCACAAAUCUUUUGAAUAUUAACAAUAAACCUGCGACUGUGCCGGAGGGUUCAGAAAGAGAUAUAUCUGAUGAUUAUGAUUCAUCCAGUGGAUCUGAAGAGACUGAUGACGAAGAUGUAAAUUUGGAAGAAACUGACAUUGAGAAGAAAAGGAGAUUGGCAGCUUUGGGUGAAAUGCCGACUGAUAGACGAGAAGAGGAUGAAGAGGACUAA